AUGGAGGAUGCUGUCGCCAUCGCAGUGGUCGGACUCUCCUUGGGAUUUCCCCAAGAUGUAACGACAUCAGAUGCCCUGUGGGAGCUGAUGUGGAAUAAAAGAAACACGGCGACAAAAGUCCCAUCAGAGCGACUGAACAUUGACUCCAUCUAUCACCCGGAUCGACAUCGACGUGGCCAGGUCCCGGUGAGGCAUGGACAUUUCAUGAAUCGCGAUCUCGCGGCUUUUGAUGCCGCCUUCUUCGACACGUCCAUGCCAGAUGCUGCGAGCAUGGAUCCGCAACAACGCCUACUCCUAGAGUAUGCCUACACAGCGCUAGAAAAUGCCGGUCUACCAAUGGAGAAAGCUGCAGGCACGAAGACCUCGGUAUAUACCGGCAGCUUUUCAACCGAUUGGAUGCAAAUGCAGUAUAAGGAUUCGGAAGAGUCCACGACGACAACAGCACUUGGUGUACAGGCAUCGUGCAACGCGAACAAGAUUAGCUGGUUUUUUAAUUUCAAAGGGAACAGCGCCAAUAUAGACACAGCUUGUUCCAGCAGCUUGGUGUGUCUGGAUCUAGGCUGUCGUGAUCUACAGUGUGGGAGACAAGAUAUGAGCAUUGUAGCGGGGUCCAACAUCAUGCUGUCACCAGACAACCUACACUCCUUGAGCAACCUCAACAUGCUGUCCCCCGACGGGCAAUGCUAUAGCUUUGACUACAGAGCUAACGGGUAUAGCCGAGGAGAAGGCGUUGCCGUGCUUGUUCUCAAACGAGUGACCGACGCGAUCAGGGACAAUGACACCAUCCGUGGAAUCAUUCGCAGUACAGGGUGCAAUCAAGACGGACGCACCUCAAGUCUCACGCUCCCGAGCUCCGAAAUGCAGGCGAGAUUAAUCCGGGAUACAUAUAUAAAUGGCGGACUCAGCAUGGAACCAACGCGAUACUUCGAAGCCCAUGGCACUGGCACUCCUGUGGGAGACCCAACCGAGGCCAAAGCAAUCGGGUCGGCAUUUGGACAGGUUAGAACUCUAGACGACCCGCUGUGGGUUGGAUCCGUGAAGAGCAAUAUUGGACAUUUAGAGGGUGCCAGUGGCAUCGCCGGUGUCAUUAGGGCGAUGCUCAUCCUGGAGAAGGGGAUCAUCUCGCCGACUGCGAAUAUCGAGAAGGUCAAUCCAAACAUUGACUGCAGUUCUCUUAAGAUCCAGUUUCCCCUGCGGCCUACGCCAUGGCCAACCAAGGGUCUUCGACGAGCUUCUGUCAAUUCGUUUGGCAACUCUGGAACAAAUGCACAUGUUAUUCUUGAUGAUGUUUUCCAUUUCUUAAAGGAAAAUCAACUAUCGGCGCAACAUCUGACGGUGCAAGAUCCGCCGACCAGUCCUGUUCUCCAACAAACUUCAAUCAACAUCUCCCGCUCGCUGCUGCACAAAUCCCCCAAUUCAUCUCCCAAGGAGAACCGACCAAGACUCCUAGUCUUCUCUGCGAACGACGAAGCGGGAGUCCGCCGACAGGCAACGGCAUACGCCGAAUACUUCACCAAAUUCGCCGACGCCCUGGACUCCACCUAUCUAGACCAUCUGGCUUAUACAUUGUCAUCUCGCCGAAGUUCAUUGCCAUGGAAAGGCACGGCAAUAGUAAGUUCCAUGGAAGACAUGACACAAAUCGACCGCACGAUUGUCCCCGCGGUGAGAUCGAAAUCCGACCCAGGCCUCGUGUUCGUCUUUGCCGGCCAAGGUGCACAGUGGGCGGGAAUGGGACGUGAUCUCAUGACGCUCUUCCCAGAAUUCAACCAAAGCCUAGAACGGUCGGAACAGGCCUUACUGGGGCUCGGUUGCUCAUGGCAUCUGCGCGAGGAGAUUAUGCGACAACAGGACUCCAGGAUCAAUAGCCCGGAGCUUGCUCAGCCCUGCUGUACCGCCAUUCAGUUGGCAUUGGUGGACCUCCUGCACAGCUGGAAUGUCCAUGCAUCGGCAGCCGUGGGCCAUUCAUCUGGCGAAGUUGCAGCGGCGUAUUGUGUGGGAGCUCUGUCAGCUGGUGCAGCUUUAAAGCUUGCAUACUAUAGAGGUGCUGUCUGUUCGGUUCUGGCAUCGGGUGAGUUGGGCUUGGAAGGGGCCAUGAUGUCUGUUGGGCUCUGUGAAGAAGAUGUCCAGCAAUAUUUAGAUGAGCUGGCGCUUCAAGAUGGCAACGUCGAGCUGGUCGUGGCCUGCAUUAAUAGCCCAUGCAAUGUCACAGUCUCCGGUAACACUCACCAGAUCGCCGCUUUGAAGGCGAGAUUAGACCAGAAAGAAAUAUUUGCUCAGCAGCUGCCCGUCAACGUUGCAUAUCAUUCUCCCCACAUGCUGCGCGUGGCAGAUCAAUAUCGGGAGGUCAUAAAAGGUCUCGAGUCUGGGACUCCGCUCUCAUCCAAGCCAGGAACUGUGAUGUUCUCGUCGGUAACAGGGAAGCAACUGUUCCCAAGCGAGCUCCUCGAUCCGGAGUACUGGGUACAGAAUUUGGUGUCGCGGGUUCGCUUCAGGGAUGCAGUGGCCGCGCUGAUGGACGCAGCUUCUAAACAAUCCCACAGAAGACUCAACCAGAGUUGCUACAGCUAUUCCUCAUUUGAUAUAUUUCUGGAGAUAAGUCCUCACCGAAGUUUACACCGUCCACUUACGGACACGGUCCGGGAAUUGAGCGCCGUUCCCAUCAAAUACACUUCCCUGAUGGUUAGGGGAAAUGACGCAACUCUCCCCACAAUGCGUGUGCUUGGGGAUUUGGUAUGUCAUGGAUAUUCAGUGUGCCUGGACAGAGUAAAUCACCUCGAGCAAAAUCUGAACCAGCAGCACUACAUAGCCCUGCCCGAUCUACCCAGCUACGUCUUCGACCAUUCGCACAAGUACUGGAAUGAGUCCCGGUUGAGUGCAAGGUCCCGGCUAGGCGCGGUCGGUAAGCUGGACCUUCUGGGUAAGCCGGUGGUGGACUGGAAUCCACUUGAGCCUCGGUGGAAGAACUGUCUUCGCGGGUCCGAAAUGCCGUGGAUUGAAGAUCAUCUUGUAAACGGCGUGAUGAUCUAUCCCGGUGCAGGCAUGCUUGUCAUGGCCAUCGAGGCUGCAAACCAGAUCACUAAAAAGGCAGCCGGCGUGAUGGGGUUCGAAAUCUCAGAAGUCCACUUUAAAAAGCCGCUACACAUCUCCAAGGAGCCGGAAGGCGUUGAGACGCAGUUGAGUAUGCAUUUAGCCCAGGAUUCUGUCAUGCCUCUCAACCAACCAUCUGAGUUUCGGCUGUUUUGCUACAGCAAUAAUGACUGGCAAGAGUGCUGCCAUGGGUUUAUCCGUGCGAAAUAUCAGGUCUACGAGAAUCCAGUUACGCAGGAUGAUGACAAUGUGACCGAACUGGCAACGCGCCGCGACGUGGUCUCCUCGAUUGAAGGAUCUUGCCAGACACCCAUUGACCGGAUAAAUUUCUACUCCGGUCUAACGAACAUAGGAAUGGUCGAGGGCCCAGCCUUCUGGCGUGUCAAGGAAGGAUUCUAUGACGACCAAUACCGCGUCAGAGCGACAAUCGGGCUCUUCCGCUGGCCCGAAGAUGGCUUUCCACAGCCUCACGUUAUCCAUCCAACGUCCUUGGACAGUAUCUUUCACCUAGCACUCAUCGGAUAUUGCCAUAGUGGCAAAAGGACUAUUCCCACCAUGAUUCCUUCAUCUCUGCGCCGACUGUAUGUCAGCAAGACGGGAUUGAGCUAUCCAGAUGGUGACGAGGUCCAGGAGUAUACCUGGCCAGAAAUAUUAGACCGUCGUGGAGCGUGCUUCAGUGGGUUCGCUUUGAAUCAGAGUAAUGGUGCUUUGUCGGUGCAGUUUAGCGAGCUGAGAUUGACUACCAUCGCCAGCUCUAGAGAUGAUUCUGUCGCUGAUGCACUGGGCGGGCUCCAGCUGGCAUAUCAAAUACAGUAUCAGCCCGAGCCCGAUUUCCUGGACCCCAAAGAUGUGCUUCUGAAUUACAAACAUGCAUCUAGGUGGGACUCGUUAACAGUAGAACGCUAUAUCGAUAUGCUCGCCCACAAAAAUGGCGAUCUUCGCAUCUUGGAGCUGAAUGUUGGGGAUCGCAGCUCAACAAAAGCCUUGCUGCAUACCCUGUCCGUGUACAAUGAGGCCGGUGAAAUAGUCUAUCCCAGGUAUUCCUCGUUCACCAUGACUGCCACUUCGGUCGAUAUUCUCGAUCAGCGGAAAAUUGAUCUCCAUGGCUUUUCGUUCGUUAAAUUUGCCCUAUGUGACAUUUCUCAAGAUAUCGCCAGUCAAAAACAAUAUCUUGAAGGGCCUUACGAUAUAAUUCUGGCACCUGAUUCCGUACAAGGAUGCCUAAUGGCACUGCAUAAUUUGAAAAGCCUCGUGUCUCCCACUGGAAAAGUGUUUCUUUUCGGCGGGUCCAGCAAUCCGCAUUUGGCAGGGCAUGAUGUCCCAAAUUGCGAUAUCGUGCAGGGGCUUGCACCGAAUAGUGAUUUGCUCUACUCCGGCUUGGAGUUGCAAAAUCCCAAGUUCAAGAAUGUGCCGGACCCUCUUGUGCGUGUCUACCAUGGCGGAUUCCUCGAUUCUCAGACCCGAGAGAUCGAUAAGCCAGUAUUUCUAAUCAUGGAUGCGGAAUCGACGGUGCAAACGCAGGUUGCCGGUUCCUUAGCUACGCAUUGGGCGCGUCAGCACAGUUUCACCGUUCAAAUGGGAAGCUUAGAGGAGGCACUGGCCAUGUGGUCUAUUGAAAAUCUCAUCUUUGUGGUCUUACUAGAGCUAGAUCAACCUUUUCUAUACGAGAUUAGCUACGACACAUAUAACACUCUGAAUGCUUUUUUCCAGAAAGCUACACAUGUUCUAUGGGCGACGUUCGCUGGUGGAACCGAGGCAGGAAGGCCUGAAUACCAUCUUAUUCAUGGCUUAGCUCGCGCUCUUCGGCACGAGUACCCUCUGCUGAAUAUAACAGUUGCCGCACUCGAGGAGACAGGCACGAAGCAUCUGUCACAGUGGCACCUGCAGAUACUAACUCGUCUGCUCUUUGACAAGCACGCCAAUCCUAACCCGGCAGUGAUUGAUUCCGAGUUCCUCGAGUUGAGGGGAUAUUUACACAUUCCUCGAAUUGUCCCCUCUGCGAGCGUCACCCACGAACUGCACAGGAGAUGGCAACCUAGACACUCAGGUUUCAAACUAGUCAAGGACUGUCUGCCACUCGAGCUGACCUUAAGUUCUGUUGGUAUCCUAGACUCGCUCUGCUUUUCAGAAGAUGCCAAUGCUCACGCACCUCUGGCAGCUGACGAGGUGGAGAUUCAAACGCAUGCGAUCGGCAUGAACUUCCGCGAUCUUCUCAUCGCGAUGGGUCAGAUCCCCGAUGCGCCGAUGGGCCAGGAGUGCACGGGUGUUGUACUUCGCGCUGGCACGAGUGCAUCAUGUAGGCCAGGCGACCGGGUCAUUCUCGCCCACCCUUCGACGUUCAAAACGGUGGCCCGAGGCAAAAUGGCGAUUGUUAUACCAGACAACAUGCCAUUCACCACAGCAGCUGCCAUACCAGCCCAGUUCGGCACGGCCUGGGAGGCUGUCAAUUAUCUCGCGCGGUUAGAGAAAAACGAGACAAUAUUGAUCCACGCUGCCGCCGGUGGCACCGGACAGGCUGUGAUUCAAAUCGCUCAGUGCAUCGGUGCCACGAUCUUAGCUACGGUCGGAUCGACAGCCAAGAAAAAUCUUCUAAUGGAUCGAUAUGGUAUUCCAGAGAACCAAAUCUUCUACAGCCGAGAUACAACCUUCGUUGCGGGCGUCAAGCGCGCGACGGCCGGCCGCGGUGUGGAUGUGAUUCUGAACUCGCUAGCAGGAGACGGCCUCCUCGCUUCGUUGGACUGUAUUGCACCCGGUGGACGAUUCAUCGAGAUUGGCCGGAAAGACAUUGAUUCUAAUUCCCACUUGCCGAUGUCUGUGUUAAGCAAGAAUAUCUCAUUCAUUGUCUUCGACGGCUCUGUUUUCUUGCGUCGGCAUCCAUCGCGGUGCCGGAGCAAUCUUCAACUUUUGGUUGACAUGUUUACUCGACGGGAGCUUCACCCCGUGCAGCCAUUCCAUGUUUAUAAUAUUGGUGAGGUUGAGACGGUCUUUCGGAAGGUCCAGAUGGGUGAGAGUAUGGGCAAGUUUGUGCUUGAAGUGACUCCUGAAUCCCGGGUCCCGGUCACGCUUAAUACACGUCCAAGCUUCGAUAUGGACUCUGAUUCAACAUUCGUGCUAGCCGGCGGUCUUGGAGGCAUCGGACGUGCCGCAGCGCGAUGGAUGGCUGAGCGCGGCGCAAAGAACCUCGUCUUGCUUUCACGAUAUGGGCCUCGCACUAACGCUGCUACUGUUUUGGUUAAUGAGCUACGAACAAGGGGCGUUCGCGUCGAGACACCAGCCUGUGACGUGACGAACCUGGAGGUGAUGAAGGAGGUUUUUGGUCGGCUUUCCUCCGAGAUGCCACCUAUUAAGGGUGUGAUCCAAAUGUCUAUUGUGGCUAGGGACUGUCUCUUUUCCGAGAUGCCCUACCCCGAUUGGAAAGACGCCGUCAAUUGCAAGUCCCUCGGAUCGUGGAAUCUCCACAGAGUCCUCCCUCGCGGGAUGGACUUCUUCAUUUUGCUUUCCUCGGCGUCCGGCCUUGCCGGAAUAAAAGGCCAAGCGAACUACGACGCAGGGAACACAUACGAAGACGGACUAGCCCGCUACCGCGUCAGCCAAGGUGAAAAGGCCACUGCCCUGGACCUCGGAGCGAUGGUCGAUGAUGGGAUCCUGGCAGAAGAUCCUAGCCUGCUGCGUCGCGUCCUCGCAUACGGCACCCUCGAGCCGAUUACGCGGGCUAAGUUCUAUGGCAUUUUGGACUAUUAUUGUGAUCCAGCAAGGGACGUGGCGAGCCCGCAUGAGGCGCAGAUUGCGCUUGGUUUGGGGACCGGUGGUGGCGAGGGGCUCGAGAGUAUUGAUUACCAGAGGCAGCCUAUGUUGCAGCAGCUUAUGCUGGCCGGGAAUCGGCAACAGGUUGGGGCUAGUGCUAGUGUUAGUGCAGGGGGCACUCAGCAUGCUCUCAGUGAUCGAGAGCGUAUAGUAGCUUCAUCAUGCCCAGAAGAAGCGGCCCAAAUAGCUGCCGAGGCCAUUAUCAAAAAGCUGGCAAAAUCACUGAUCACCAUGCAGGAUAGCUCGUCGGUUGACCGUGAUCGACCAAUUUCGGAACUUGGAGUGGACUCCCUUCUGGGCAUUGAGUUGCGGAACUGGGUUGUAAAGGAGUUCAAGAUCGACCUUGCUGUUUUUGAGACUCAGGGGGCGGCCACACUGGAGACGUUGAGUCUCUUGGUUGCGCAGCGUUGUACUAAAGGAGGGGAGACAUAG